UCCCCUCAGUUUAUAGCCGUGCUGUGUCACAGUACAUAUGCAGUAUUUGUGUAACAUGUUGGCUUGUGUGCACAAAAUGAAAUGUACUUAAACAUGUGUAUUGAGUUUAGCGAUGCGUCAUCUUAGAAAACUGCACAUAUAUACUGAUAUAUAUGAUCACAGAUCACCACACAAGUGAAAAAAAGCCCAGAUUUGAUCAUAUCAGCAGCAGUUUUACUGACACAUUGCCAGGUAUUGUUUUCUUUUUACAGUUACCAAGUUACAGUGGGAUUAAUGUGGCUCAGAUGCAUUCACUGUGUUGUAAUAAGACGGAUACAUUGUGGGAAAUUCAUCCUUAAAUUUAUACUGUACAUAAACAAAAAAUAAACGUCUAUAUGUCAGCCAUUUACUGAUUUAUCACUUUAAUUUGGCAUUCAUUAGACAAGGUCUACAUGCUCUAAUGCACAAAAUAGGCAACGAUACACACUAUUUUAGUGCCUUUCCACUUCGCUCUUUGCCCGCCUCGCUAACGAGCCACUCUGCUGUGAUUGGUCAGCUGGACCUCUUUGGCACAUGUGUCUGAAAUAUCACAACCCUUAUCCAGAGACUUACUGAUCUCUGCUCUUGUUAUCUCAGUUCCUAAUAAUUCUUUGUUGAUUUAACUGGCUGUUGCAGCUGUAAACGUUAAUGUGAAGUAAGUCAGAGUGAAAUCAAAUAAAUAUCAGGGGUCAUGAUGGGCUGACAACACCACAAAGCAUCUCCAUGUGGAUAAAUCACCUCACAGUAAAGCUGGAGGUGUACUAUUGCCCUGUGACUGAACCUUGACCGCAGGUAACCCCCCUCCCACCUGUCAUCUGUGGAAUUGCUCACAGCUCUCUCUCUCCCUCUUUCUCUCUCUCUCUCUCUCUCUCUCUCUCUCUCUCUCUCCCUCUCCCUCUCCCUCUCUCUCGCUCUCUGCUGUAGUGUGCAUGUCUUUACAUGCCCAGAAACACCAGGGAGAGGGAGGAGACUAAAACCAACCACACACACACAAAAAAAAGAAACAAGAAAAACCAGAGAGCAUGUGAGAGAGCAAGAGCGAGAGAAUGAUAGAGACAGGCGUGAGAUAUGAAUGGAGGGUUGGAAAGAGCUCAGGGCGUGGGAAACAAAAGGAAAAUUAAAUUUUAAAGCCGCAGUUCAGGAUUGAUGCAGAAGUGGGACAGAAACUGAGAGGUGGGAGGACUGUAGCUGUAACUGAAAGACGACUCAAGCAGGGGAAGGGUGAGAUGCAGUGUCAAAUUUAUGAGAGAAAAAAAAACAUGCUGUCACUCAGUCCCUCUCCUGACUCAUUCCUUGUCUCUCUCUCCUCUGAUUUUUGAUAGAAUGGCUGCGUGAUCGGCAGGAGAAGCGUAAUGAUUGGUGGUAACCAUGGAUCGUCUUCCUCGCAUUUCCCUUUCAAGAUUAAGAUCAACACAAAGAUCACACCAGAUGAAGAAAGUGAUAAGGUGACCUGUUGGCUGAUUUGACUCUCGUUCUCAGCGUUACACCUCAGGACCUGCAGAGGAUGGACAACAACUUGUAAUAAUUCCCUGGUGCAACACUUUCAGGAACUACCUUUGUGAUUAAAUACCUGAGGCACUGCCUGGAUUUCUCAUGAACCAGAGCACAGCAGCUGCCAGCUGAAGCUCAACCUUAAAGUCCAACUGGAGGACUAUGGGAGGUAGAGUUCAGGGAGGUGUGUCGUCCAAAAGAUGUCAGGUCACCAGGAGCAAAUGAGUAGCAGUGGAUUUGACAGCAGCUCCAGCUUGCUCCAGGGCCGGCGUUUCUUCUGCCGGGAAUGGGCCCUGGAGAAGCUGCGGCACUGCCUGGACGCCCGCUCUGUGCCGGGACAACCACCGGGGCUGCUGGUAAUGGGGGGCCCUGGUGCUGGAAAGACAGCCUUCUGUACUGAGGUAGUGUGGCCCACCUCGAAGGCAGGACUGGCAGUUGGGCUGGCACCGCGCUGCCUGGCCUCACACUUCUGCCAAAGGGAGGACCAGAGGAGUGUGGUCCUGUGGAGGUUCAUCCUGGGCUUGGUGGAGCAGCUGAGGGCCUCGCCUCUCCUCUCUCCUGGGUACAGAGAGAUCCUCAACAGCCCGUCUGUGUCGUCUGCUCUCGAGCCUCUCACUUGUCAGAGAGACCCUGAUGAUGCAUUCAAGAGAGCAGUUUUGAGACCCUUAUUAGACCUCCCUCCUCCUGCCCAGACUCUGAUGGUGGUGGUGGACUCCCUGGAUGUUGGACACGGGGUCAGUACAAGUGGUGGGAAGAGUGGCUCCAUCGCAGAGCUCCUGGCCACCCAUCAACACCUGCUGCCUGGGUGGUUGCUGCUGGUCUGCUCUGUCCGCCGCCACAACAAGGUUGUGUGCAAAAUGUUCUCAGGUUUCCGUAGGAUUUGCCUGGAUGAUCUACGGAAGCCUCCACCAGUCCAUGAUGUGCAGCAGUACAUACUCUGUCGCCUGGAUGAAGAAGCAGCACUUCGCCGCCAGCUCACUCCUGACACAGCUGACAUGCUGAAUUUACUGCACAUCAAGAGUGGCGGUUGCUUUCUCUUCCUUGAGCGUGUUCUGAAUGGUGUGGCAGUUGCAUUAGUGGGUCUGCGGGAGAUCCGAGACAUCCCUGGGACUCUCAAUGGCCUCUACCUGUGGCUGUGCCAAAGACUGUUCCCCCGGGGGCUCUUCACAUAUGUCAGGCCCCUCCUUAAUGUGCUCUUAGCUGCCCCGAGGCCCCUCACACCCCAGCAGCUGUUCAGAGCAACCUGGACUCAUGACACUUUGCUCAGUCUCCAGGAGUUUCAAAAAAAGCUCAGGACUCUCUCUCCUAUCCUGCACGAUGGCCCUGGAGGCACAAAGCUACUUUUUCAUGCCAGUUUUGCUGAGUGGCUGACAGACGUCAAGUAUUGCACACAGAAGUACUUGUGUAGCAGAACAGAGGGUCAUAGCAUGCUUGCAAUGGCUUUGACUCUGCAGGGACAAGACUUGGACAUUGAGGACACUUGCCAGCUAGCCACACAUUUAGUAUGCUCAGGACACCACAAAGACAACCCUUCAUUACUUGCACUAUGGAUGCUGUGGACAGGUGUGCCUGCCCCUAAUUCUAGUUGCAGCCAAACCAGUGCGCUGUGUCUAAAUCAGCCUCCCAUUCUAGUAAGUCAGGAAGUCCUUCACCUGUUAAUGAGGACUGGGCUCAUAUCUGCAUCCCAUUUUUCAGAUGCCGAUCCAAGUGUUAGAAUACACUGUAUAGGUGAAAGGGGAACUGCAUUAACACAGGCAGGUGAAAGGGAUGUGUCUGUGAAGAAGCUCCUAGAAAAUGGGGUGUCCAUAAACCAGCUACGUUCUACAAAUGGGCAGGCCUUGCUUGCCAGUGCAGUACAUGAGGGUUCCGCAGAUGUAGUUGAACUUGUCUUGAAAUACGGAUAUGAUCCAUUGAUCAGUGAUCUUCAGGGUCAGACACCACUUUCAUUGGCUUCCAGACAAGGACAUGUCAAAGUGCUCUCCUUGCUCCUGGAAUGGGCUAAGGGCCAGGGGCCAGAAACUGCAGCACAGAUGAUGGAGCAUGUCGACAAUGAAGGUUGGACAGCACUGCGCUCUGCGGCUUGGGGAGGACACAGCGAAGCUGUUCGUCUUCUUCUGGAUGCAGGAGCAGAUGUGGAUGGCUGUGACAGUGAGGGCCGGACUGCUCUGAGAGCUGCUGCAUGGGCUGGACAUGAGGAAAUUGUUUUGACCCUGCUGGAAUAUGGGGCACAGGUUGACAAAGCUGACAGUAAGGGCCGCACUCCACUUAUUGCUGCUGCAUAUAUGGGACAUCAUGAAGCUGUUGAGUUAUUAUUGGAUCAUAAUGCAGAAGUGGACUUAGCCGAUGGGGAUGGACAAACUGCUCUGUCAGUCGCCGCCCUCUGUGUCCCUACAGCAGCAGGGAUAAAAGGUUAUGGUGAGGUAGUUAGUCUGUUACUAGAGCGUGAAGCAGAUCCAGGACACAGAGACCAUGAUGGCAUGACACCACUGCUUCUUGCAGCCUAUGAGGGCCAUGAUGAGGUAGUUGAACUUCUGUUAGAAGCUGGGGCUGAUGUAGAUGAGACUGCUGGCCCAGAUGGCACUGUAGCUGCUGCAGCAGCUGUGAGUCCCCUACUGGCAGCUGCAGCAAUGGGCCAUAUGAAGACAGUAUCUCGACUGCUUUUCUGGGGAGCAGCAGUGGAUGCCAUUGAUUGUGAGGGCAGGACAGCACUCUGCCUGGCAGCUGCAAGAGGCAGUACUGAGGUUGUCCGGGCCCUGCUGGAUCGAGGACUGGACGAGAACCAUAAGGAUGACCUUGGCUGGACUCCGUUGCAUGCUGCAGCUUGUGAAGGUCAUCGGGCUGUCUGUGCUGCUUUGACAGAGCGAGGUAGCAUGGCACGUGUUGGAGAGAUGGACAUUGAAGGACGCACCCCUCUUAUACUUGCUGCCCAAGAGGGUCAUUGGAGCUCUGUCAGGCUGUUGUUGGAUAGACGUUCUCCCAUUGACCAUAGGGCCUAUGAUGGACAUUCUGCCUUGAGUGCUGCCCUUCUGGAGGGCCAUACUGAUGUUGCAGAUCUACUUAUGAGGCGAGGGGCUGAUACUGAUGUCCGGGAUGCUGAGGGCAGGCCUCUGCUCUACCUCCUUGUGUUAGAGGGUCGUCUUGAGAUGGCUACACUUCUAAUAGAGAAAGGAGGGGUACCCCUUGAGUCCAGAGACUCUGAGGGCCGUACAGCUCUUCAUGUGGCAUCCUGGCAGGGAUAUGUAAAGAUGGUAGACUUACUUUUAAAGCAUGGUGCAAACCCUAAUGCACAAGAUACAGAAGGCAGACCUCCAAUACAUUCAGUGGCUUGGACAGGACAUGCAGAAAUAGGACAACAUCUCCUAGAGGUGAAUAGUGUCACUAUAGAUCUUGCUUGUCACCAGAGAGCAACAGCUCUAAGCAUUGCUGCCCAGGAGGGACAUGCCAAUAUUGUUACAAUGCUUCUAGAAAGAGGUGCAAAUCCCAAUCACAUAGACAAAUAUGGUCGUAGUCCAGUCAAAGUGGCUGGGAAACAUAGACACUUCAACAUUGUCAGGCUCUUGGAGAGCUACGGAGCCAAGCCAUACCAAGGACCAUUGCCUAAUUCUAGUACUGUCUCCCCUGCAAAGUUUUUCUCAGGCAUCCCACAGAAUAAUAAAGGUGAAGUCAUAGCUGUUACCGCAUCCUCUUCCUUAUCUUCUCCUGGCUCCACUGCAGAACGAUUCCAUUCAAUGCAGAGUUCCCAAACCUCAUCUACCUGCCACUCAUUGGCUACGGUGCAGACAGUGCCAGCUGACAGCCUCAGCUUUACCCAGCAGAUCCAACAACACUCACUGCCCCGCAGUCGUAGCCGUCCCUCCACCCUCCCUCCACCAGGGAGCUCAGGCAUGGGCAGCCUCCAUGGAAGCAUCCAGAAGCAUCCCAAAGGCAGCCCUCCUCCCUCUGUUUGCACAGUCACUGCCAUGGUGCACAACUGCAAGUUGCCUCAGAAAGGCUUUUCAACUGGACUUGAAUAUCAUGACAAAAUUAAAGAACAAAACCCCCCCUUAAUAAGAGCAGACAGGACUGGCGCUGGGGGAAAAUGGCACUCUGUUAUGGCUUCCCUCGGGAUAAUGCCAGGGCAAGAUAGUCCUGCAGUUUGUGCUAAAAACAGGGAUAGUCCCCCUCUGGGCUACCCAUACAGGUUGCAGAGCCCACGUCAAGGGGAAGCUUGGGAUUCUGUACCCCAGAAAAACAUUUUGUCACCAGCUUGCUACAGUUUUACCCCAGUCUUACCUUGUAGUGCCUUGCGAGAGGAUGUUAUGGUCACAAUGACAACCACAGACCCACAACUUAAUCUGAAACAGGCUAUUAAAUUGCAGUUUGAAGGUCCCACCAGUGCAGCUCUGUACAAGAGAGAGACACCUCUGUGACUGGUGCUGAAGAAUUGACAAAUAAUUCUAAUUGUAUGGAUAAGAGUAAACGAGAGUCAUUCAUCCAUCGGCAUUACCAAACACUGACAGGUUUACAGAAUCUAAAAUCUGGAAAACUGCUUCUUUAUUUUGUAUUAUUUUAAAUUAAUAUAUAAGGGUUUAGCCACAGAAUAUAUUAAUAGAUUGAUUGAUAAUCAAUCAUUAGUUGCAUCCCCAUUGUUGGCAUUUGUUAUUUUGUGGCAUCAAAAAAAAACAAUAUUGUGAUGGGGUUCUAGCUGCAAUUCCAUUCAACAUAUUACCUUUCUGACCCAUGUGGUCAUAAGUGUGCAGGGGUCAGACACAACCACCUUCAAAAUUUUGACUGUAUCUUGCAUGGUUUUGACAUUAUUGUGGUUUCAUAAAGUGAAAAUAGCACUGUGCUAUAUGCUAUUUCUGACAGCCAAGAAAUGAUCUGGUUGAAUGCAUUCUGAUAAUUCACCUUAUCAGCAUGUACAUUUCAAUGACGACACGUUUGUUUUUGUCACAGUUUUUCAGUUUUUUCUGGGUUCAGAUGAGAGAGGAAGUGAUAUCCUUCUCCACCCUCUUUAGUUAACCAGAGGAACAAUAAACUGAAUGACAUCAGUGCUUGCUUUUGCAAAUUUCCGGUGACUGUUUUGUAUGUUGAGCGGGGCUCUCACAGACAAGCUAUUCAUUUAAUGUGUAUUUUCUUUUCCUUGUUCUCCAGUUGUACUCACCAGCACCAGCAGUUUGAUGAGAAAACAAAGUUUGUCAUAUGUUUUAAAUUAUGUUUUGCUAGUAAAGAUCCUUUUUGAAACUGUAAGCAAUAUUGAGCUUCAGGUUUGUGGCCUUGAUCUUUUCUAAAAACCCUUGUGAAUUGUAUAUUUAUUUUAAACGUCCCUAAAGCACCCAUUGGUCAAUUUCUGACAACCAAAAACUGGCAAAAGAAAGCCUGACUCAGUGCGGGGAUUAUAAUACAAACAUCCUUGUUUACUAAACCAGCUUGGCUCAUCCACAGUGUCUAUGAGCAAGCAGGAAGAAGCAAUGCAUUGGAUCAUAAAAACUGAGGGUGGAUGUGGGAUGUUGUAAUUUCAAAAUCUCCAGUUCCUUAUCAUUUUCAUUGAAUGUUCUUUAAUUUACAAACAUUAAUUAAAAUGGCAAACAUUCUGAUAAAA